AUGGAAACAUCAGCAGAGAAAUCCCUCCACCUCCCCGCCCGCAAAACUCACAUACACUUCUUCGCAUCACAGUUUUCCCUCCGGAUUUUCGCCGCCGCAUGGAUCAUGCUCACCGCCAAACAAACCUCCGUCGUCUUCGGCAUCCAAGUCGACGCCCGAUACAGCUACUCCCCCGCCUUGAAGUUUUUCGCAUAUACGAAUCUAAUCGUCUUCGCAUUGACGAUCCUGUCGCUGUUCCUCGCCUACGUCGGCAAAAAGGCGGUGGAUCCGGCCUACUUCUUCUACCUCUUCCUGCAUGAUUUGAUCGUGACGGUGCUGCUGAUGGCGGCGACGGCGGUGGGGUACGUGGGGAAAUACGGCAACAGCCUCGCCGGAUGGGUGGCGAUUUGCGGCUACUUGGGCGAAUUCUGCAGAAAGGCGACUGCUGCUUCGUCGAUUUCGUAUUUUGCUCUGCUUGUUUACCUCAUUCUCACCGUCAUCUCCGCCAACAAGUCGCGCCAAAUCUUCAUGUGAUCAAAGCGAAUUGCAGAGCUACUGAUAUAUUUAUAUAUCCUAUACAAUAAUGUUUGUUUAUUAUGCUAAUUGAAGUUCGUUUAGGAGAUAAUUAUGAUAUACAUGUAGUUCG